AUGGCCAAGUUGACUCUAACGUCCACAUAUAAAAUGAAGUCGGGGUACGAGAUUCCCGUAUUAGGCUUUGGGGCCGUCACCGCUAUUGUCCAUGCCUUGAAAGCCGGAUACAGACAUUUCGAUUCCGCGCGCAUGUAUGACAGCGAAAAGGCCUGUGGAGAAGCGUUCAAGUUGUCAGGCAUUCCUCGCGAGGAGAUUUUCGUCACCACAAAAGUUCGCAAGGGCGGAUACAAAGAGACCAAAAAGGCCGUUGAAAAGAGUCUUCAGGAGACGGGGCUGGAUUACAUCGACUUGUAUCUCAACCACAGUCCAUAUGGCGGCCCAGAGGCGAGAAAGGGCACGUGGAAAGCUUUGGUAGAAGCAAAGCAUGAAGGCAAGAUUCGAUCUAUGGGAGUGUCCAACUAUGGCGUGCAUCAUCUUGAAGAGACGCUCGCAUACAUCAAGGAGCUGGAGGGCGAGCUUGGUGAAGGGAAUGCAGGGGAGAUUAGCGUUGGCCAGUGGGAGCUGCAUCCAUGGCUGGCGCAUCCAGAUAUCGUGGAAUGGUGCAAUAAGCAUGGGGUUGUGAUGGAAGCGUAUUGUCCGAUUGCCAAGGGACAGCGAUUUGAGGAGCCGCAGGUGCAGGCUCUUAUGAAGAAGUAUGGGAAGACGGGAGCCCAGAUCUUACUGCGAUGGAGUUUACAAAAGGGCUUCGUUCCUUUGCCAAAGAGUGAAACGCCGUCUAGAAUUGAGGCCAAUGCGGAACUCUACGAUUUUGAAUUGGCGGAAGAGGAUAUGGCAACGUUGGAUUUUGACUCUUAUUCGCCGACUACAUGGGAUCCUACAGUCAGUCCUCUUGAUAAUUAG